AUGUGGCGUCGCAGUGGGCUUCUGCUCUUACGGUUCGUCGACGGGGCCACGGCAGGAGACCGCCUGCGGACAGCCGCACACGUGCAGCGCAAACGCGUCACCAAGACAAAGGCGCGGAGGGCCAAGGAGGGCACGAAUCCGUACAACAAGGCGCAGUACAUCAACGCCUUUGUGGAAGCACAGAGCGCGCGGAUGAUGCGCGAGCGCCGGCUUCAAGAGGGCGCCGCCGUCGAGCAAUCGCUGCUCGUCACGGUGGAUGCCGCUCGUGUGGAUGCAGCUUCGCGACAACCGCAGCAGCUCGUGCAACUGGGGGCGUCGCCGCAACCCGUGGCAUUUGGGGCGUGGCGCGAGGGGCUCCCCGCUGUGGAGCGUGCGUGCACCGCGAUGGACCGCAACCUGCAUUGUAUCGUGCGUGGCGCAACGACGCCGCCCGCCUUCGCGCCGGAGGCCUUGCGGCGUGGCGUUCCUGUGCGGGACGCGAGGGUCCGGCAGCUGAUUGAGCACCUUCACCACGACGAACGCGGAGGGCGGUGGCCGGCGCCAAAGAUGCACGUCUUUACGGGAAACUUGGACGUGUGCGUCAAGGCCGCGUGUGGGGGAGAUGCUGCAAUCACGCGGCGGCUGCUUGCGCUUCUGCUUCACACAGCCGCAGAGCGGAACUGGUCUCUCGCGCUGCAGCUGUACCACGAGUGUGUGUUGCCGUACCAACAACAACAGCAGCAGCAGUGGCAGGUGGACGACUCUCUGGAGAGAGCCGAGGCCAUUUCCAUGCACGUUGCGGUGCUGUGCGAGUCCAUUCGCGCGCACACUGUCUUGAGCGGCGAUGAUGGCGCGUGCCCGCCGUUCCACACCGUUGUGUCGCUGGCAACUUCGUCCCCCAUUCCCCUUCUGCCUGUUGCCGCCGCCCCGAUCUUCAGCAUUCUGCAGCCGGAUGAAGGCACAACGUGGCGCGAUGUCGUUGCCCUCGCACAACACUUCGUGCCGAAGGACGUGAAGCGGAUGUAUUUGCCGUCCAUCGCGUGGGGGGAACUUCUGCGGGCAGUGCGGCGCAUGGGCGCCUCCUUGGAGGAGGUGCAGUCCGUCGUUGACACUAUCACAGACCCGAAGCGCACCAAACACGCGGAGCGGCACAUGUGCGACAGCAACGUGUGGAAUGCGUACUUGGCCGCCAGCGACUGGCAGCACGCGCUUGACGUCUUCGCGAAGAACUGGCCGCAUUAUGGGGUGAAGGAGACAGCGGCGACGACUGCCGCCCUUAUGGAGUCGCUCCUGCGCGACAAGCAGUGGAAGCGCGCGCUCGACACUUUCCAUCGCCUGCAGAAGAAGGAAGGUCACCUCAUCAUUGGCACCUCCGGCGUCUUCAGCGUCGUCUUUCGUGCGCUCGCGCAGCAGGGCGAUUGGCACGCCGUGACCUCGCUGCUGCUGGACUAUGACCGCUUCCUCGUGCACUUUGGCGUCUCACACGAGUGGUGGCUCGCCUCACCGCUGCGGGCGGAGGCGAAGUCGCCGCAGCCACGCAGCGACGAGCGCCUUCACGAGUGGAUGACAUUCGCGAGCGAAUUGCGGAGCCGUGGCCAUGCCACGUGUGAACUCGUGGAUGCCAUUCAACACGCCCUAAUCGCCUGCGAUGCGCUGCGGCAACAGCAAGAACAAGAGCAGCAGCCGCACUCAACAAAGGCGGUGGCGGGGGCGGACGUCCCGGACGGCAUCGUCACGGCCGAGAUGCUGCACGAGUUGCUUUGA